GAACAAGAAGGCAGGUGAUGAAAUUCACAGAGAAACAACAAAACGCAAAAGUAGAAGGAUCAGAAAGGAUACAAAAGGAAAAACAAUUUCCCGAAUUUCCCUGUCCUGAGCAAGACAAAGAAAAGCGACAAACGACAACAACAACAAUGCGUACUGUACCAUCUCCAUCUGCUUAGAAACGAAGACGACGCUUGAGAUCAGCGAGAAACAAAGCAAUGGAAAAAUAUCAAAUUACGCAGUAUUAGAUAAGAAUUUGUAAAAUAAGGACACGCUUAGGAACGACGACUUGAAGUCGGCACAUCCCACAAUUUAUUAGGAGCUAAAGAAGAAGAAAAACAACAACUCGUAUUUAAUAGCAUUGAAAUAUGGCUACGCCACAAAAUAACACCCGAAUAGCCUUAGCCGAUCGUUUGGAGGCAUUGCGGGUAGCCACCACACCAUCCACUAGACCGAGUGAUCCAAUACCAGCUUCAAUUUUUGCUUCAUCCCUUAUGGACAAUACUACAAAUGUUGCUCUACAGGAUUAUGAGGGUCACAUAGCUUCGCCCGAUGAAUUGGUAAUACGCCAACGGGGACGCCGUAGACCUUUAAUGGAUUGGACACCAGAACAGGCCACAAAUAUACGCAAUCCCUUCCAGAGAACACCCACAAAAAUGCCACUAAGUACAAAUAUGAUAUUGAGGAGUUCGCCAAGGAAACGUCUAUCCAUGGGCAGUACACCACCGGAACCUAUGAUGAUGAACUCGAACAGUUCGCCACACAAGCUUAACGCCAAACAACAGUUAUGGCCAGGAUCACCAAGUGCUGCCAAGAAAUUGCGUUUGGGGGAUGAGGAAAGACCAAUGGCGCAGAUAAACGAAGAAAUACCAUUGGCCACGGUAUUGCAAGGAUUUUCACAACAACAACUGAUCGACAUGAUUGUGGGAAAAGUGGCCGGAGAUGCCAAGGCUGAGGCCGAGUUAAGGGCAAAAUUACCAAUGCCGGAUAUUGAGAAAAUGGAGCAGGAUCUCCUACAUGCCAAGCGAAUGAUAUUCAAAUCACUGCCCACAUCACGUCUGUGCAAGAAAACCGAUAGCACAGCCUUUACGCGGGCCGCAUUGCACCUGAGUGAAUUCAAACGUUUGCUGACACAUCACACAAAACAACUGCACGAUUCCGGACACUGGGAUGCUCUGCUGGACUAUAUAUUUAUGGCCUGGCCAUGUGUUAAGGCCACCCCAAAUUGGGACAAUGCAACACACAAUGCGGUGCGUAAACAAUGCUUCAAAGUGCUGACCUGUGGCUGUAUGGCGGCUGUUAAGUUUGGUGGUUUACGUUUGGGCACUCAACGCUUACAGACGUUGGAGAAAAACCUUAAGGAAUGGUCACAGGACUAUGAAGAUGUUAUGUCCUGUGUAAAUACCUUAAGCAAAGCUUUCACCAAGGGACGCACAAGUUUGUAACUUGGCAACGUAAAAGC